CCUUCACUUUUAUUUAAUUUAACCUAUACAUACAACUUACAUACAUAACAUCCACACAACACAAACCUCUCGCUCUCUCGUCUCUACAUACUUUCUUACCUGCCGGCCACAUUACAUACAACACACACACACUAAUAGAAGAUAAUGGAGAGUAAUGGAAGUAGAAGAGGUGGAGGUAGUUUCGUGUCGAUUUCGCCUUCUCAGACUCCCAAAUCGAGUGAGAAAGCGAUCAGAGAUCUGCGAUCCGAAGGCGGAAAUGCCAGCUUCAAGCAUGACAGUAGAGGAGAAAAAGGUGUCAAUGUUCAAGUCAUUGUCAGAUGCAGGCCUUUGAGUGAGGAUGAAAUUAAGGCGCAUACACCGGUAGUUAUUACGUGUACUGAGAAUCGCAGAGAAGUUUGUGCAGUCCAGAAUAUUGCUAGUAAGCAGAUUGAUAGAAGCUUCAUGUUUGACAAGGUCUUUGGUCCUGCAUCCCAACAAAAGGAUCUGUAUGAGCAGGCUGUAUCGCCUAUUGUGUACGAAGUUCUUGAGGGAUAUAAUUGCACUAUUUUUGCCUAUGGGCAGACGGGAACAGGAAAAACAUAUACAAUGGAAGGAGGUGGGAGGAAAAAGAAUGGGGAGUUUCCUAGUGAUGCAGGUGUUAUUCCAAGAGCUGUUAAGCAAAUAUUUAAUAUAUUAGAAUCUCAAAAUGCUGAGUACAGCAUGAAAGUUACUUUUCUUGAGCUGUACAAUGAGGAGAUAACUGAUCUUUUGGCUCCAGAAGAAUUUUCAAAAUUCAUUGAGGAUAAAUCUAAGAAACCCAUAGCACUAAUGGAGGAUGGGAAGGGAGGUGUUUUCGUUCGAGGACUGGAAGAGGAAAUUGUAUGCACUGCAAAUGAAAUUUACAAAAUUUUGGAAAAAGGUUCUGCUAAAAGGCGUACAGCGGAGACCCUUCUUAACAAACAAAGUAGCAGGUCUCACUCAAUAUUUUCUAUCACAAUUCACAUUAAGGAGUGUACUCCAGAAGGGGAAGAAAUGAUAAAGUGCGGGAAGCUCAAUCUUGUUGACCUAGCUGGUUCUGAGAAUAUUUCACGUUCUGGUGCAAGAGAGGGGCGAGCAAGGGAAGCUGGAGAGAUUAACAAAAGCUUGCUUACACUUGGUCGAGUUAUAAAUGCACUAGUGGAGCACUCCGGCCAUGUACCAUAUAGGGAUAGUAAAUUGACUAGGUUAUUGAGAGAUUCCUUGGGAGGGAAGACAAAGACAUGCAUAAUUGCCACAAUAUCACCCUCGGUCUAUAGUUUGGAAGAGACACUAAGCACUUUAGAUUAUGCACACCGUGCUAAAAAUAUCAAAAACAAACCAGAGAUCAAUCAGAAAAUGAUGAAAUCGGCAAUGAUCAAGGACUUGUACUCUGAGAUCGAUAGGCUUAAACAAGAGGUAUUUUCUGCAAGAGAGAAAAAUGGAAUUUACAUACCAAAAGAUCGCUAUCUUCAGGAUGAAGCAGAUAAGAAGGCAAUGGCUGAAAAGAUUGAGCGCAUGGAACUUGAUUUUGAAUCAAGAGACAAGCAAUUUAUGGAGCUCCAGGGACUUCACAAUUCUCAGCUGCAACUAACUGCAGAAUUAAGUGAUAAGCUGGAGAAAACUGAGAAAAAGCUUCAUGAAACAGAACAUGCAUUGGUUGAUCUUGAAGAAAGACAUAGACAAGCAAAUGCAACCAUCAAAGAGAAAGAAUAUUUGAUUUCUAAUCUUAUCAAGUCAGAGCGAUCACUUAUCGAGCGGGCAUUCGAGCUACGAGCAGAGCUCGAGAGUGCUGCAUUAGAUGUGUCUAACCUCUUCACCAAAAUUGAGCGCAAAGACAAGAUAGAAAAUGGAAAUAGAAUCCUUAUUCAGAAAUUCCAGGCUCAGCUAUCCCAACAACUUGAAAUCUUGCACAAGACUGUGGCAGCUUCCGUCACACAACAAGAGCAGCAAUUGAGAGCCAUGGAGGAGGACAUGCAAUCAUUUGUAUCCACAAAGGCAGAGGCUACCGAAGAACUUAGAGAAAACCUAAUAAAGUUAAAAACCAUGUACGGUUCUGGUAUUGGAGCUUUGGAUGACAUAGCAGGGGAGCUUGAUGAAAAUUCCAAGUCAACAGUUGGACAAUUGAACAAUGAAGUCUCUAAACAUUCAUCUGCUCUUAAGGAUCAUUUUAAAGAAAUAGCUUCCGAGGCUGAUACGCUUCUUAAUGAUCUUCAAAGAAGUCUCUACAGUCAGGAGGAUAAAAUGACUUCUUAUGCACAACAGCAGCGAGAAGCACACUCCAGGGCCAUGGAAACUACACGAUCAAUUUCUCAGAUUACUGUUAACUUCUUCAAUACAUUAGACACACAUGCAUCCAAUUUGAGCCAGAUUGUGGAGGAAGCACAAACAGACAAUGACCAGAAAUUGUCUGAACUUGAAAAGAAGUUUGAGGAAUGUGCCGCAAAUGAGGAACGACAACUUUUGGAGAAGGUUGCAGAACUACUUGCCAGCUCAAAUUCCAGGAAGAAGAAACUGGUUCACACUGCAGUCACUAGCCUUCGAGACAGUGCAGCCAGCCGGACCAACAAAUUUCAACAAGAGAUGUCAACCAUGCAAGAUUCAACAAGUUUAGUUAAGGUCGAAUGGUCGAGCUACAUUGGCAAAGCUGAAACACAUUAUACCGAGGAUACUGCUGCAGUGGAGAGUGGAAAGAAAGAUAUCGAGGAAGUUCUCCAGAAAUGUCUACAGAAGGCAAAAAUGGGACAAAAGCAGUGGAGCAGUGCUCAAGAAUCCUUACUUAGUCUGGAGAAAACCAAUGUUGCUUCCGUUGAUGACAUAAUAAGGGGAGGAAUGGAUGCCAAUCAAAUAUUACGUUCUCGCUUUUCCACUGCUGUGUCAUCUGUUCUUGAAGAUGCAAAUAUAGCAAGCAGGAAUUUCAUUUCUUCCAUAGACCACUCGUUGCAACUCGACCAUGAUGCAUGUAGUAAUCUUGAUUCUAUAAUUACACCCUGCUGUGGAGAAUUAAGGGAGUUGAAGAGCGGACACUACCACAAGACUGUAGAGAUCACAGAAGACGCAGGAAAAUGCCUCCUGACUGAAUACGUGGUGGAUCAACCCUCAUGCUCGACACCCAAAAAAAGAUCAUUUAAUCUUCCAAGCAUCACAUCUAUUGAAGAGCUUAGAACACCUGCAUUUGAGGAGCUGCUGAAGUCAUUCUGGGAAUCAAAAGCUUCGAAACUUGCAAAUGGAGAUAUAAAGCAACACAUUCUAGGGGACUCCCGAGUUCCCCUUACUGCUAUUAACUAAAAACAGGUGGGGGAGCAACCAGGAUAGGACUCUGUACAGUACAUGCAAGUAUAUGUUAGUCGAAUAUAUGGAUUGGAAGGCAUGUGGGAUAUGUAUUAUGCAUUUCCCUUGCUGUAUUAUUUUUUUCUUUCUACCACCUAUAUAUAGAGUACUACUUUAGAAAAUGGGAGUUUCAGUUUAUUGAAACAAUCCACAUUGUAGUGUGCUUCUACUUCACCCGCUAAGAUUUAAUAUUCAUUUUGUUAAACUGAAGUACUGAACCAUUUGAGAGUUGUGAAUGAGAUAUCGACCGAUGCUCUAUUUA